CAGUAGAAAUAGAAUGGUGACUUGCACAGUCUAGUCCUGCAGAGGGAGUUGCAACUUUUUUGACCAAUUUGCAGUUUGCAGGCUCCUCCACUUACUGCAGUGGGUUCAUCACGUCUUGUCGGUGCGGAAGUUCAAGGAAUGUAAAUGUCCUCGGAAGAUCAAGAAUCCCAAGAGGAUGAGCUUCUGGCUCUAGCGAGUAUCUACCAUGGGGAGGAAUUUAGGAGGGCUGAGUCUGCUCAAGGGGGGGAGAUCUGGGUCUGUCUGCAGCUGCCUCAGGACUUUACCAUAUUCGUCAGCACCUACAGCUGUCUCUGAGCCCACUUAUUCCUGCUUUAUUGCAGGAGAAGACCAGCAUGCGCUAGAGAAGGACAGGAUAGAAUACACUGUGUCAUUUCUUCCUCCAGUUGUGUUGAACUUUGAGUUACCUUCAGAUUAUCCAUCAACCUCUUCCCCCAUCUUCACCUUGAGCUGCAAAUGGCUUCCUAGAAUUCAGCUUAGUGCCGUUUGCAAGCGUUUGGAUGAUCUCUGGCAGGAGAGUGUUGGAAGUGUGGUCCUGUUCUCAUGGAUGCAGUUCCUGAAAGAAGACCUUCUCACUUUCCUGAAUAUUGAGUCCCCGCUAGAAAUUAAAAAUCCCUCCGAAGGUAGGCAGAAAAAGAACGAGCUUGACGACGUUCACAGCAGUGCCAAGGAAGAACCACUGGACCCAAGAGCAAUCCAGGACUCGGAUUCAAGGAUCAGCAUCCUCCCUCAGAUCCUGGAUUUCGAUCAGGCUCAGCAGCAGAAGGCCUUCGACAAUAAGGCGUAUGCCUGUGGCAUCUGCUUUUCAGAGAAGAUGGGAGCCGAGUGCCUGGAUUUUAAAGAGUGCAAGCAUGUGUACUGCAAGGCCUGUCUCAAGGAGUAUUUCCAGAUCCAGAUCAGAGACGGGAAUGUCCAGUGCCUUAACUGUCCAGACCCUAAGUGCUCCUCAGUGGCCACACCUGCACAGGUGAAGGACCUCGUAGGAGAAGAGCUCUUCGCUCGCUACGACCGGCUGCUACUCCAGUCCAGCUUGGACAUGAUGGCAGAUGUGGUGUACUGUCCUCGGAGGAUCUGUGAGACGGCAGUGAUGCUGGAGCCCGGCUGCACCAUGGGCAUCUGUUCUGGCUGCCAGUAUGCAUUCUGUACCCUCUGUAAAGUGGCCUACCACGGUGUGUCACCCUGCAGCACCACUGCAGAGCAGCUACGCGGCCUACGUGAUGAGUACCUCGGGUCGACGGAUGAGGGGAAGAAAUUCCUUGAGCAACGCUUUGGGAAGAGGGUCAUUCAGAAGGCAGUGGAGGAGUCCCACAGCCAGGACUGGCUUGAGAAGAACUCCAAGGUCUGUCCCCGCUGUGGCACCCACAUACAGAAGGUGGACGGCUGCAACAAGAUGACCUGCAUCAACUGCCACCAGUACUUCUGCUGGCUUUGUAUGUGUCAGCUGUCACGGGCUAACCCCUAUGGGCAUUUCAACAAUAGCGCUAUGCCCUGCUUUAACCAGUUGUUUCAAGGUGUCGAUAUUGAGGAUGGUGCAUUCUGGAGCGAUGAAGAUGAUGACGACUAAUGUGAAAGUUAAAGGGGAUUGCAGUCCUAGAAAUCUGCCCAUUCUGUCCUGAUUCGACAUGUCUUUACUUGUCAAACACAUGCUGUAAAAGUUAAACAAUGAAACAAUAGAUUCCCUAGUCUAAGGGAAAAACACACUGAGCAUCAUCAAAGCUUAUACUUUGGAGCUUCUUAAAUGUAACAAGGAAAGCUUGAACAACUUGCGUUUUGUACUGUUUUAAGUAAAACAUUGUUACAAAAUGUAGAAACUGCUGGUGGUGGAAUUUUAACUUCUUUUUCCAAAAUGUGGUACUUUGAAGGUCUGUUUUUUUUUUUUUGUUUGUUUUUUUUAGGUAUUUGCAAAUUAAAAACUACUGUUCUGACACUAUGUUCAAGGGGCCUAAAAGAGGCUUGAAACAUAAUUUUCUUGUCUAUGGUGCACACAGCUUAGCUUUCUGCCUUGGCCCAUUUUGUAAGAUUUUUUUUUUUUUGUGAGUAAAACGGGUUUAAAAGGCACUGCAUGGCAAAGGACAUCAGUACUGUAUC